AUGGUUGACUGGAUAGUUGAAAAGCGGAAGCUCAUCAUAGAGACCUGGGGAAAAAUCAAGGUCAAAGUGGUUAGACCCCUUGCUUUGAGAUGGUGUCUUAUUGUAUAUCCAUGGACUCAGAGGUACUUUGGAACCUUUGGAGACUUAAACAGCGCAGCGGCUAUCAUGGGCAAUAAAACAGUUGCCAAGCGUGGCAUCACUGUGCUGAACGGCAUCAAGCGAGCUGUGUAUAUACAUCAAGAACACCUACGCCAAGCUGAGCGUUCUGCGAAACUUCAUGUGGAUCCCGACAACUUCAGGCUGCUGGGCGACUGCCUCACCGUUGUUCUGGCCUCCCAGAUGAGUCGAGGCUUCACGCCAGACGUUCAAGCGGCCUGGCAGAAGUUCCUGACUGUGGUAAUCUCUGCGCUAGGCAGACAGUACAACUAA